GUGACAUUCAUCAACCGAUGACUAUUUUCAACCAACCACAAAGAUAUCGGCACCCUGUACCUAAUCUUCGGCGCAUGAGCCGGGAUAGUAGGUACCGCCCUAAGCUUACUUAUCCGAGCAGAACUUGGACAACCAGGGGCUCUCCUAGGAGAUGACCAAGUUUACAACGUAGUUGUCACAGCCCAUGCUUUCGUGAUAAUCUUCUUCAUAGUUAUGCCAAUUAUAAUUGGGGGAUUCGGAAACUGACUAGUCCCACUGAUAAUUGGAGCACCAGACAUAGCAUUCCCACGAAUAAACAACAUAAGCUUCUGACUGCUACCCCCAUCCUUCCUCCUGCUACUAGCAUCCUCCACCGUAGAAGCGGGGGCCGGCACCGGAUGAACAGUAUACCCCCCUCUAGCCGGCAACCUGGCCCACGCCGGAGCCUCAGUAGACCUAGCAAUCUUCUCCCUGCACUUAGCAGGUAUUUCUUCAAUCUUAGGGGCAAUCAACUUUAUUACAACAGCAAUCAACAUAAAACCCCCUGCCCUAUCACAAUACCAAACACCCCUAUUCGUCUGAUCAGUACUAAUCACCGCAGUGCUACUACUCCUAUCGCUACCAGUUCUUGCUGCAGGAAUUACAAUGCUACUCACCGACCGCAACCUCAACACCACAUUCUUCGACCCCGCAGGAGGAGGAGAUCCAGUCCUAUACCAACAUCUUUUCUGAUUCUUCGGCCAUCCAGAAGUCUACAUCCUAAUUCUACCAGGAUUCGGGAUUAUCUCCCACGUAGUGACAUACUACUCAGGUAAAAAAGAACCAUUCGGCUACAUAGGAAUAGUAUGAGCUAUGCUAUCCAUCGGAUUCCUGGGCUUUAUCGUCUGAGCGCAUCACAUAUUUACAGUAGGAAUGGACGUCGAUACUCGAGCCUACUUCACAUCCGCCACUAUAAUCAUCGCUAUUCCAACAGGCAUUAAAGUAUUCAGCUGACUAGCUACCCUUCACGGAGGGACAAUCAAAUGAGACCCGCCAAUGCUAUGAGCCCUAGGAUUCAUCUUCCUAUUCACCAUCGGAGGAUUAACAGGGAUUGUCCUAGCAAACUCCUCAUUAGACAUUGCCCUGCACGACACAUACUACGUAGUAGCCCACUUCCACUACGUACUAUCAAUAGGAGCAGUAUUCGCAAUCCUAGCCGGAUUUACCCACUGAUUCCCCCUAUUCACUGGAUACACCCUACACUCAACAUGGGCCAAAACACACUUUGGAGUAAUAUUCGUAGGAGUAAACCUAACCUUCUUCCCUCAACACUUCCUAGGCCUAGCCGGAAUACCACGACGAUACUCGGACUACCCAGAUGCCUACACACUAUGAAACACCAUCUCAUCAGUAGGGUCACUAAUCUCCCUAACAGCCGUAAUCAUAUUAGUAUUCAUCAUCUGAGAAGCCUUCGCAUCAAAACGUAAAGUACUACAACCAGAACUAACAAGCACCAACGUCGAGUGAAUCCACGGCUGCCCACCCCCCUUCCACACCUUCGAAGAACCCGCCUUUGUACAAGUACAAGAAAGG